UGGGUAGUGUAAAUCUAGCAUCACUUCAUCACUUCCCGUCAUUACUGCAUCUUUAGCUAUCUAUUGUUAUUAUUAGGUCAGUAUCCAGUAUCAGUUAUACAGCCGACUAUCAGUUGUUUACAAGAUGUCUGAGAAUGUGGUCGUGUUACUGUUGCUUAUGCAAAUCUCAAACAAUUACUGUGCCAGAAAUGAGCUAAAUAUUUUUUUAUUUAGUGGUCAUUAUGAAUUUGUAGAUUUAACUCAUUCAUUUGACAAUGAAACUAUUUAUUGGCCUAAUAGUCUAAACUUUGUUUUUGUAAAAAAGAUCGAAGAGCUUGGAGCUGACGGUUCAUGGUACGCCGCUAAUGAUUUUACAGCCGGAGAACAUGGAGGCACGCAUCUUGAUGCACCGUAUCACUUCUACAGAGGCGGUCUACAUGCUGGAGAAUUACCAUUGGAGAAACUUAUAGUGCCAUUGGUCAUAGUAGACAUGAGUGCUAAAGUUAAUGAUGAUCCCAACUUCGUACUUUAUAAGGAGCACUUAGAUUAUAUACUUAAUGAUAAUAACGGGAAACCUUGCAUUAUUAUAUUCAAGUUCGGAUGGAGUAAAUACUUCAAUGAUCGGAAAAAGUAUUUGGGGCUCGCAGAAAACAGCAACGAGUUGAAUUUUCCUGGUUUAAGCGAAGAAGUAGCUAAAUGGAUAACAAGUUCUUACAAAAAUGUUGUAGGUCUUGGUGUAGACGUAGCAUCAGUAGACCCAGGUUCUAGUAAACAAUUUCCUGUUCAUAAAAUUACUUCACGACAUGGGCUUUACAAUAUAGAAAAUGUUAAUUUAAAUAGGGAUAUUCCUGAAUAUGGAUGCACUGCUUUGGUGUUGCCAAUGAAAAUAAAACUGGGCACUGGAGCACCCCUUCGUUUAGUUGCUAUAUGUCCUAAGGAGCAAUAGCAGAUUUUGCACGAACGUCAUACAAACGCAAUUCAAAAAGCACAAAACUUUAAGAUAGUAAGUUGAUUUUGUAAGAAUUAAAU